AUGAUAAAUCUAGAGGAGUAUUGGGAUGAUGAAACGGCUGGACCUGAUAGGGAACCGACUAAUGAACUGAGAAAUGAAGUGGAGGAAACCAUCACUCUGAUGGAGCUGCUGAAAGUAUCCGAGCUGAAGGAAAUUUGCAGAUCUGUGUCUUUCCCUGUUUCUGGUCGGAAGGCAGUUUUACAAGACCUUAUCAGGAAUUUUUUGCAGAAUGCUAUAGUGGUAGGCAAAUCAGAUCCUUAUAGAGUUCAAGCCGUUAAAUUUUUGAUUGAACGAAUUAGGAAGAAUGAGCCUUUGCCCGUUUAUAAAGAUCUGUGGAAUGCUCUAAGGAAAGGGACCCCAUUGAGUGCUAUCACAGUACGUUCUAUGGAGGGGUCCUCCACUGUGCAGCAUCAGCCUCCCUCUGCUAUUAGGCAGUCUCCCACCCAACGACGGAAAACAUCUAGCACUUCUGCUAAAUCUCGUGUACCACCUGCAAAUUCUGAUCUUUCUUCCUCUCUUUCACGCCCUGCAGUGCCGACAAUCCAUUUCAAGGAAUCUCCAUUUUACAAAAUACAAAGGCUAAUUCCUGAAUUGGUUAUGGACGUGGAAGUUACAGGUGGUAGGGGUAUGUGUUCUGCGAAAUUCAAAUUGUCCAAAGCGGACCAUAAUCUAUUGAUUGGUCCGAAUAGCAAACACAGGUUGUACUUAUUUUCCGGGAUGGUUAAUCCAUUGGGUUCUCGAGGUAAUGAACCUAUCCAGUUCCCCUUUCCAAAUGAAUUAAGGUUUAAUACCGUUCAAAUUAAAGAUAAUAUAAGAGGCUUUAAAAGUAAGCCAGGUACUGCCAAACCAGCGGAUUUGACACCCCAUAUUAAACCAUACACUCAACAAAACACUGUUGAGCUAAUAUAUGCCUUUACCACGAAGGAAUACAAAUUGUUCGGGUACAUUGUGGAAAUGAUAACUCCGGAGCAAAUUUUGGACAAAGUUUUACAGCAUCCAAGAAUUAUCAAACAGGCCACUUUACUUUACUUGAAAAGAACAUUUAGGGAAGAUGAAGAAAUGGGGCUAACGACCACCUCUACUGUUAUGAGCUUACAAUGUCCUAUUUCGUAUACAAGAAUGAAAUAUCCUUCAAAAUCAAUAAAUUGUAAGCACUUGCAAUGCUUUGAUGCCUUAUGGUUCCUACACUCCCAGCUACAAAUUCCUACAUGGCAAUGCCCAGUAUGUCAGAUUGACAUAUCCUUGGAAAAUCUGGCCAUCUCAGAAUUUGUUGAUGACAUUUUACAAAACUGUCAAGAUAACGUUGAACAAGUAGAAUUGACUUCCGAUGGUAAAUGGACGGCCAUUUUGGAAGAUGAGGAUGACAACGAUAGUGACAGUGAUAAUAGCGCUAGAAAUGAGACGAGCGCGGAAAAAAAUAUUUCAGCAUCAGAGCAUCCUUGUAGUUCUUCACACUCUAGUGAACCUAUUGUCAUAAAUCUGGACAGCGAUGAUGACGAAUCAAAUGGAAGUAAUUCUCCUGUUACUAAUGGUCAUGAUGAUAGCAACAAUUGUAGUAAUAAUAAUAAUAAUCAUAAUAAUAAUAAUAGUAUCAAAAAUAAUGAUAGUCAUAAUAAUAAUAAUAAUCAUAGUAAUUAUAAUCAUAGUAAUCAUAGUAGCCAUAGUAAUAAUGCCAAUAAUUGCCAUAAUAAAAAUUCCAUUAACGAUAACAACACUAAUGAUGAUAAUGAUGACAAUGAUGACGAUGACGAUGACAGACUAAUGGCGGAAAUAGCCAGUAAUCAUAUCGAAAGCUCUAAUACAGAUACUUUCGCUGAGAAAAGUUCAAGUGUACUAUCAAGAACUCUAGACCCAAAAAGCUAUAACAUCGUCUUUUCAGAGACGACCACUCCUAUAAUGAACAAAUUUAUCCCUGAACAUCUCGGAAACAGUUCCAGUUAUAUUGGCAGACAAUUGCCCGACAUUCUGGGAAAGACACCUUUAAACGUAUCAGGUGUUAAUAAUUCCUCGCAUUUGAUCUCUCCAGAUAUUAGCUUAUCAUCCCCAACUCCGAAAAAUAGUUCUUUAAAUGCACAAUCUGGUACUCUUAGUACCCCUUCAGUGAUAAGAAUGAGUUCUUUAGAUCCAGGUGGAUCUACGGUUGCCAGUAAAACAAUGACAAGAACUUCCAUGAGUACUAACGAUUGUAUUGCAUCAAGAACUGAUCAAUUUGUCCAACCCCAAAGAUCUGUAAUUUUCCAAUCACGUGAACAGUAUGGAGAUAUUCCAUCUCCUUCCACCGUGACUUCAGUAGUCAACGAUAUACGUUCAGAUGCUACUGGAUGUGCUGGCCCGACUGUACGUGGAGCAACUGUUCUGUCCAAUAAUGUCCUGAAGCAAAGAAAUGGUUCUAUGCCAACAACAAACUCAACUGAGGGAAAAGAAGCACCGCAAGUUUCGAUGCACAUGCUUCCAACGUUGCCCUCCAACAUCCCAAUUCAGACCAACUCUUGCAAGUCUGCAUCUCCACGGAUAAACAAUGGAGUAAUUGUGCCGAGUUUGAGCUCCUCUAGUAAUGCAGCUAUACCACUGCAGAGAUCUCGACUCAUUGUUAAUCCGUUCAUUCCGAGAAGGUCUUAUUCCAAUGUUCUGCCCCAAAAAAGGCAACUUUCUAAUGCAUCCACAACACCAAGUGGCCCCAUAAUGGGAACAUGGAAAACACAAGAUUAUGAAAAAAAAUCCAACGGUAACUAG